CAGCGGCAAUGGCGCUUUCCUCGGCAUUCCAUGAACGGCUCCACCACAUGGACCACACUCGAAUUCAGCGUCUCUCUCUACUUCAGGCCGAGAAAGAGUUGCAGGCCAACAAGUCUCGCGUUUUGGCUUCCAAGCUCGCCAACAUCAGGGCCAUGGAACAGAGGUGCUCCUUCCUCGACCAAAAAAUUGCAUCACAGAAUUUCAACAUUCUCGCUCUCAAGUCUCAAAUCGAGAACCUCGAACUGAAAUACGAAUCCAUUUCACAAGAACUGAGGUCGUUGCAGAACGAGGUGGAGGAGCUUGAUGAGUUGCGCCAGAAGAGAGAGAGCUUUUAUGAGGCAAAGAAGAUAGAAAUCAAGGAAUUCAAGGAACUUGCGGAGAAUUUUGUGGUGAAAUGUCAAAUGGAAGUUGUGAGUUUGAGGAAUAGAGUAAACGAGCUGAAGUCCUCAUUCAUGGAACUUAAAAGCAACAAUAGGGACUCUUGUAAUGCGGAGAUUGCUGCUGCUGAAAUAGGAAGGUUGGAACUCCUGGCUGAGAAGGAAAGUGUGUGUAGGAACAUUGAUUAUAACCACCAAAUAAAAGCGCAGUUACAAAAGCAGCUUCAGAAUAUUUUGAUGACACAAACUCAAGAUAAGGGAUCGGAGUAAAAGACCACGUAG